AUGGGGACCUCAGUGGAUGACCCAAAGGCAUUCGACGAACCCGUCAAUGUUCGCGACUCCGUCUUUAAAGACGUUGGCAACGAUGCAGAAAUCGGUGUCAAUAGUGCAUCGGCUUCUGAAGUUGACCGGGUUUAUAGAAAACUCGAUAGAAGGAUAAUUCCAGCCUUAUGGGUCCUAUACUUCCUCUGCGCUGCUAUCCGUUCAAAUGUCGGCCUCGCCCUCACAAUGAAUUUCUCUACUGGCGACUCGUUAGGCCAAAAACUCGGGCUGAAUGGCCACCAAAUCAGUACCGGUCUAGCACUCUUUUAUGUUUGUUAUGUAAUAUUUGACUUUCCGUCAAAUCUCAUCAUGUCAAAGCUUUCACCCCAUGUCUGGCUGAGCCGUAUCGUAUUCUGCGUCGGUGUUGUUGGUGCGUGUCAUGCAGCAUUAAACGCAGCAUGGAACUUUUAUCUCAUCCGUGUUCUUCUCGGUAUCGUCAUCGCGGGGAUGUGGCCCGGCAUGUCCUACUACCUAACUCUUUUCUAUCCGCCCAACCGCACAGGAAAGAGAAUAGGCUACUAUUUCACCGCCGCUCAAGUCUCUGCGGCAGUUGUUUCUCUUGUCUCUGCUGGAUUCCAAAAGAUGAAUGGCUACGGAGGACUCACUGGAUUUGAAUGGAUGUUUAUGAUUUACGGUAUCAUUACCGUUAUCGAUGCCAUUUUACUGCUUUGGUGGCUUCCUGACCGUCCCUAUCCACCGGGAGAGAGCCGAAAGCUCCGAUGGUACUACAACUAUCUCCCCCGCCAAGUACCAGCAUUCAGCACGGAACGAGACCAAAAAAUCCAUUACGAAGAAAUGAAGAAAGUCUACCACGCCCCCGCGUGGACAGUCAAAGACUUAGGCAGCGUAAUGAUCGAUUGGCGUCUCUGGCCGUUGACCCUUAUGUAUUUCGGCGUCGUUGGUGUGGGUAUCGGUGUUCAAAACUAUGGUACUUUGAUUAUCAAAUCAACCAACCCCUCCCUGACACCCGUGGAGAUCAGUUUAUUGUUCGCGCCGAUCUGGGUGUGCGAUUUAAUUGCUAUAUUGAUUGCCAUGCCGUUGUCUGAUCGGUUCAAUGGGAAGAGGGCGUACAUAUUCUCUUUUGGAUGUGUUUUGCAAAUAGUGGGGCUCUCCAUGACGACGUUUUCUACGAAGUCGUGGACGAGAUAUGGCGGCCUAUUAGUCGUGGGCUUUGGACUUGGUCCUACAACGCCUAAUGUGAUGACAUGGACUAAUGAAAUCUUUGCCCGAAGGCACGGUGAAGUUGGCGUUGCUGCGGCUACCGCACUGGUUUCCGGGCUGGGAAAUCUUGGAUCUGUAACAACGACUUAUGCCCUAUACACUGGCUGGGCAUCCGACGCAGUCGCAGGUCCACGGCAAUUUAGAAAAAGUAACAUCGUUAUGAUGGGAAUCCUCGGGAUGAGUAUCGUAAGCAGCAUCGCUUUGAAGUUACUGCUACACUUCUUUGACGGCAACAAAAAGGAAGCGGAGGAGUCAGUCGAGAGAGUCGCAGUUGAACAGGCUGAUCCAAAAUAG